GGGACAGUUGGGAGGUAUGUUGGACUACUGCGGACUCCCAUCAGGAAAAUAUAGUUUUGCCUUUGUUCCCUGGAACAGAUCUAGCGAGCAGAGACAACAGAUUAGAUUAGGACAAAGAGUGGAAGCUGAGGCACUGGUAACAGCGAGCAUGGCAACAAGACAACAACAAACUAUUUUCUUUAUUCCCUAACAAAAGUGAGCAGAAGAAAAAUAAACAUAUUGUGAUGGGACGUCCGUAGGCCCCGGUGCCUAUUGCAGAAAACUUCCGGUCGCUAGCGCCUUACAAUCACGUCAUCAAGACUACAACUUCCGGCGUCAACAAAUCGUGACACCCUAAUCUCGCGAGAUGAGAUUUGUGACGGGGCGAGAUUCGCUGUCAGCCAGGAGCCGAAGCGCUGGGUAUUAACUUCAACGCGGCAAGUUUAAACAGCGAUCCGGGUCUGUGUAAAUAGAAUCGUGACUGCUCCCGCCAAAAGCGAGGCUGUUGGGCGCCAUGACUGACAGUCCCAGCUCUGAGCUUGCCAAAGCAAUCAAGCCUAUUGACCGCAAGUCCGUCCAUCAGAUUUGUUCUGGACAGGUGGUCCUGAGUCUUGCCACUGCGGUGAAAGAACUCCUGGAGAACAGUAUUGAUGCUGGUGCCACAAGCAUUGAUAUAAAACUUAAGGAGCAUGGCGCAGAGUCUAUUGAGGUGUCAGAUAAUGGCUGCGGUGUUGAAGAACACAAUUUUGAAGGUUUAACCCUAAAGCAUCAUACAUCCAAGAUACAGGAUUUCUCUGAUCUUAUUAGUGUGGAAACAUUUGGAUUCCGUGGAGAGGCUCUGAGCUCCCUGUGUGCAUUAAGCGACCUUUCCAUUGUCACCUGCCACAAGACCGCUAAAGUUGGAACUCGUUUGGUUUAUGACCACAAUGGCAAAAUUAUUCAGAAAACUCUGAUGUCUCGACAGCAAGGAACAACAGUCUCCCUGCAGCAGCUCUUUUACACACUUCCAGUGCGACAUAAAGAAUUUCAGCGAAACCUUAAAAAGGAGUUUACCAAAAUGGCGCAAGUUCUUCAGGCCUAUUGUAUCAUUUCAGCGGGGGUUCGCAUAAAUUGUACGAAUCAAGUUGGUCAGGGUAAAAGGAACCCAGUGGUAUGUUCCAGCGGCAGCAUGAGCAGCGUAAAGGAAAAUAUAGGAGCUGUGUUUGGACAGAAGCAGUUGCAAAGUCUGAUUCCCUUUGUUCAGCUGCCUCCCAGUGAAACAGUUUGUGAAGAGUAUGGACUAAAUCAUGAAGCUACACCUCACGGCUUUUACAAUGUUUCUGGAUACAUCUCCCGAUGUGACCAUGGUGUUGGACGCAGCUCUACAGACAGACAGUAUUUCUUUAUUAACCAAAGGCCUUGUGAUCCAGCAAAGGUUUCAAAGGUUGUAAAUGAAGUGUAUCAUUUAUACAACCGACACCAGUACCCGUUUGUGGUUCUCAACAUUUGUGUCAAUUCCGAGUGCGUAGAUAUAAACGUAACCCCUGACAAGAGGCAGAUUUUAUUACAGGAGGAGAAGCUUUUGCUGGCACUUUUAAAGACCUCUCUGAACGCAAUGUUUAGCAGCAGCGUGAACAAAUUCGACAUGAAUCAGACACUGUUGGACGCUGCAGGUACUUCCAGAAAGCUUAAUUUACAAGUGUUGGCCUCUCCUUCGGAUCACGCUGAUGCACCUGCCAGAAGCUCUCUUGCUGUCUUCAAACUGAAGGAGGCAUUUUCCCACCAUCAAGCAGCUCAUGCUAGCUCACCGUUUCCUAAGCCUGUCAAGGCCCAGCAGUCGUCCCCAAAUCAAAGGAAACUUCUAUCAUUUUUUAGCAAUAACCCAAAAGAGUGUGUCACAAAUAGACCAUCUGACUGCAUUCACCCAGAAAGGGAGAUUAAGAACGAACGUGGCCAUCAUCAAACUCUUGGUGCAGAUAUUAAAGUGGAGGGUGACUGUGAUUCUGGAAAGGGAACCAGCUCUAUACCAGACAGUGAGACGGGCUGCAGUACACCUGAGAUGUCUAGUCACCAGAGUGGUGAAAGUGAAUCGGGUUCCCCAGAGGCAAUGGGUGUGGCUGAAAGUAAGUGUGUUGUUGAGCAUUCCAAAGCAAUUCUGGAUCUAGAAUAUGAGCAUUAUCCUGAACAAUCAGAUCAAACAGAUACAUCAAUAAAACAGUCUUAUCACAUUGAGCCAGUUCCAAAUUGCAAACGUGCAAAAGUAGAGGAAGAAACCCUUUCCACAGCUUGGACGGUGCAGCCUGACACAGUGGAUGCAGCCAUGGAUAUCCAGAGGAGGACAGUGCCAUUACAUUUCUCCAUGAAUAAUCUAACUAAGGGAAUGGAAUGUAUGAAGCAGCAGCAACGAAUGAAAGAGGAAACAGAAAGGUAUCGCAGGUUCAGAGCCAAAAUUAGCCCCGGUGAAAAUCAAGCUGCAGAGGAUGAACUCAGGAAAGAGAUCAGUAAAGAAACCUUUGCAAAAAUGGAAAUUAUCGGGCAGUUCAACCUGGGCUUCAUAAUAACGAAACUGGAUUCUGACCUGUUCAUGAUCGAUCAGCAUGCGACCGAUGAGAAAUACAACUUUGAGGUUUUACAACAGGAAACAGUUUUGCAAGGGCAAAGACUAAUUGCGCCCCAGACACUACACCUAACGGCUGUAAAUGAGACUGUGCUAAUUGACAAUCUGGAGAUUUUUAAGAAGAACGGAUUCGAUUUUAUCAUUGAUGAGGAAGCCCCCAUUACAGAACGUGUCAAGUUAAUCUCUUUGCCAACAAGCAAAAACUGGACUUUUGGGCAACAGGACAUAGAGGAACUCAUAUUCAUGUUAAGCGACUCCCCGGGUGUCAUGUGUAGACCAUCCAGAGUGAGGCAGAUGUUUGCCUCCAGAGCCUGCAGGAAGUCUGUGAUGAUUGGAACGGCAUUGAAUGCCCAUGAAAUGAAGAAGCUUGUCACUCAUAUGGGAGAAAUUGAACAUCCAUGGAAUUGCCCCCACGGACGACCCACAAUGAGGCACAUUGCCAACCUAGACAUGAUCUCCCAAGACUGAUUGUUCUCUUGCAACUGUUUUAGUCUGGUCUGGGAGCUCAUAACUGGUUUGUUUAAUGUGGCAGGAGGAUGGGAGCGAGACCAGGUGCUCUGAUACUUCUGACAAAAUGGCUGGAAUCAGAAAUACUUGUACAUCCAAGCCCCAUGGGUUGCUUCUUAGGACUCAUUUAGCAGCACUUUUGUUUAUGCCAAUAUGUUAUUAUUCCUUAGACCUUGAACUGCGCCCUCAUUCUUUAUGUACUAUACUUUUAAAUGUAUCUUAUAUGUUGGAGCCAAAGCAUAUAAAAGCCAUGGGAACCUUGAAGGAAGGGACGGACUUUGCUCAUUGAUUUCAUAGUUGGGAGCUUUAUUGUUUUAUAAACUGCUACAUGUAAGUAUCGCACAAGUAAUGUUGUUCUUGUAAUAAAAAGAAUAUUUUUU